GGGUGUGUACGAAUUUCCCUAGCGCCAUUUCCGUAGAAAUUCGUCUGUAUUCGGGGGUUUCCGUGAAUUAGAGGCAGAGGAGCGACUAAAUAUCGCGGAGCGCUCGGGUGUUUCCGGACACCAAGUCGGGUGUUUGCCGAGGUUCCCUUUCGGGUGUUUCCGGAAGAAGGCUCGGUAGUUUCCGGAGUCGGAUGGAGGAAGCUACCCGGCUUGGUCUGUCAGAGGCGGCUGCUGCUGUGGCUGCUGUAGCUGCUGCUGUUAGGGACGGGCCGGAGGUGACCUCGGUGACAGUUAUGACUGGACCUGAAGCCAGGAGCGCUCCUGUGAACAGCUACACAGAGGUGACAGUGUCCAGUGUUGGAGCUCCAGGAGAAAAUGUCUUCACAACUUCUGUGGCCAGCGCAGCCUCCCUCUCCGAUCACGUCCUUACGGACAGAGCUUCUCUUCAGAUUGGCGACACUUUGAGUACAGAGAAAGCCACCUUGAUUGUAGUUCACACGGAUGGGAGCAUUGUGGAAACACAAGAUCUGAAAGUACCAACAGCACCUAUGACCCCAGUAUCAGAGGGAUCUUCCACACCGUUGUCUCCUGGCUCCGAUAAAGAUGGCACAAAAUAUAACUGGGAUCAAUCUGUGUAUGAUAAUGAACUUCCUGUUCGAUGUCGGAAUAUCAGCGGUGUCCUGUACAAGAACCGUCUAGGAUCAGGUGGUAGAGGCCGCUGUGUGAAACACUUGGAUGGCUGGUACACCCCAACUGAGUUUGAAGCCAUGGCUGGUAGGGCCAGCAGCAAGGACUGGAAGAGGAGUAUCCGCUAUGCAGGGCGACCAUUACAGUGCCUAAUACAGGACGGACUUCUAACACCACACGCUGCUUCAUGCACCUGCGCAGCUUGCUGUGACGAUCUUAGCUUGAGUGGACCUGUACGUCUCUUUGUCCCCUACAAGCGGCGCAAGAAGGAGGGGGAGCUACAGACUGUUACGGCAAAGAAAGAUUCCUCUAAGAACAUUACCCUUCUACCUGGCACAGCAGCAGCAACAUUCACAGUGUCCUCCUCUGGCCAGAUCACAGCUACAGAAUCUCUGGCUUUUGAAAGAGCGUCCACUGCUGAGGCAUCUGACAUCCUCUCCAACAGCCCGCAGCAGGGCGAUGUAUACACAGGGGCGACCGUUCUGACUUCCCUCCCAGCCCUUGCUCUUGCCCCUAGCACACCUACAAAGGAAUCUUCUCUUGGAGGGGUGAAUGGUUUGGAGGUAUCAGAACAGCAGCGGCACUGGCUGUAUCUGGAGGAAAUGGUGAACUCCCUCAUCAGUACGGCUCAGCAGUUGAAGACCUACCUGGAGCAAGCCAAGAAUGAGGCUGCCACAGAGCGGAAAGAGUUUCACGGCCAUUUAUUCCAGCAGACGGAGGAAAUUGAUGGGAAACAUGAAAUACUUCUUAGGCAGUCCUGCGUUAAUUGUGGCAGAGAGGCCCUGAAUGAAUGUACUGGCUGUCAUAAGGUCAAUUACUGCUCUAUCUUCUGUCAGCGAAAGGACUGGAAGGAUCAUCAGCACCUAUGUGGACAGGCAUCCACCAUCUCUGUUCAUGCUGAAGAGGUCCAUGUCACAGACAAAGAGCCAGUUUGAUCCUCCUAUAUCAUCUCUUUUAAAGUGCCAAACAUUUUGUCUCAAGAAAACAUCGAUAUCAAGCUUACCUUGGAUGAUCAAUGAAAAAAGUCAUUUUAUUUCAUGAAUAAACUUGGGGGGGCUACAUGAACUGUUGGGUUUUCCAACCACCUGUCAAAUCCAGAAAUGGGUCCAGUGGACAUCUGUGUGUGAGAACUUAAAAUCACCCUAGGUCCUAAGGUUUUAAUGAAAACAAUUAAUGUUAGUAAACGUUUGUUUUUUUAAAUUGGUGAAAGUGAAAAUGAAUUAAUCUACUUGUGUUCAAAGAUUACAACGAGCCAUAAAUUCCAGAUAUACCUUGGUAGCUGAUCUUUUUCUGUCAGACGGGUCAGUAAUCAUUUAUGAUUUGCCUUCGGAGAACUACAGGACUGAAGUGACUUAUGUAAAUAAAUGAAAUGAAGCAGUGAACAAAAAACUGGUUACCCCUACAGAAUUGACUUCUAUAUGAACUUGUGUACUAGACUGUGGUUUUACUUCUCUGUCUUGCAAGAUGGUGAACAAUUUCUUUAUUAUUGAAGCUGCAGUGUUAUAAAUACAUUGCCUACCCACCUUGGGUCUAAAGAUGCUUAUUAUUUUGUUUUUGUGCCAGAAAAUAUCCAAAGAACAACAAUCAGCAUGAAAAAAACAGUGUUUACAGCUUGCAUAUGAAGUGCAUUAUUGUUUUGAUCACAAACAUGUAAAUAACAUAGAAGUAUGCAUUGUUUUAUUAUUCUGCAUAUAACUGAACAUUAAUAUAAAUGAAAUGCUAUUUCAA